AUGGGAAAAAAUAAGUUGAAGCUGACGAUAUCAGUGUCAGAGCCUUCUGAAGGUGGCGAUAAGGAAAAUGGAGACGGAACAAACAUGGAGGCGCUGCAACAAAACAUUAGGAGUCAAGACAUUGAUGAGCAGCAGAGAGAAAGGUUGGAGCAGUUUUUGUCGUUGAAACAGAAGGUCGGAGAGCUGACUGAAGAAGAUAUCAUCAAAUGUGAAGAAUUGGGAGCCGGAAAUGGAGGAGUGGUUACUAAGGUGUUGCACAAACCUUCAGGGAUCAUUAUGGCCAGGAAAUUGAUUCACCUUGAGAUCAAACCAGUUGUCAGGAACCAGAUUUUCAGAGAAUUGAAAGUUCUACAUGAAUGUAACUCUCCUUACAUUGUCGGCUUUUACGGGCAUUUUUACAGCGACGGAGAAAUCAGCAUUUGUAUGGAAUAUAUGGAUGGCGGAUCGCUUGAUUUAAUUCUGAAAAAUGCAGGUCGAAUUCCUGAGCCAAUUCUAGGUGUGAUAAACAUUGCAGUUUUAAAAGGCCUGUGCUACUUGAGAGAAAAACAUCAAAUUAUACACCGCGAUGUCAAACCAUCAAAUAUUUUGGUCAAUUCACAAGGGGAGAUAAAAAUCUGUGAUUUUGGUGUAAGUGGACAGUUGAUCGAUUCCAUGGCUAAUUCAUUCGUUGGUACCAGAUCAUACAUGGCACCGGAAAGAUUGCAGGGCACUCAUUAUUCUGUUCAAUCGGACGUCUGGAGCUUAGGAUUAUCUUUGGUGGAGAUGGCCAUUGGGCGUUAUCCCAUUCCGCCACCGGAACCAAAAGAUAUCGAGAGUUUGUUUGACGAAAGUGGAAACAGUCCAUCUGGUCGUUCCAUUGCUAGUUCCAGAAGUAGUUUUGUUGGAAUGCCAGGAGCCGAAGGUCCAAGACCUAUGGCUAUAUUCGAACUUUUAGAUUAUAUAGUCAAUGAACCACCGCCAACGUUACCUAAAGGAAAAUUCUCAGAUGAUUUUGAAGAUUUUGUGGAUAGAUGUUUGAAGAAAAAUCCCUCGGAUAGAGCUGAUCUUCAGUCAUUAAUGAACCACAUGUUUAUCAAGAAAUACGAAAAUUCUGAUAUUGAGAUCGGAAGUUGGGUUUGUAAAGUCAUGAACGUUAAACCAGACAAUAGAAGUUGA